UGCAUAACGUGAUGCAUAACGUGACUAACAAGCUUGUAGUAAAGGUAAUGAAUUCAUUUCAAUACAUUUAUAGUAGUUAUGCUUAGACUUGAAGAGAAAAAUUGUUAAGUGAGGAGCCAAGACAAGUUCAGAUUGUAACGAGAAUUUUUGGUAGGUUAAAAAUUAAUUCUAUUCAAAAUGUCUACACGGCAUAUAAAAAAAGUAUAUGGAAGUGAUGUAUUAUUCGAGAAGAAUAGUGAAAAUGAGAGUGAGAUGGAAAACUCGAUAAUUGGCGAUAUUAAAUCAAAGGCAUUCAACUUCUUUGAUGUAUUGAAUCAAAAUUCUGAAAUUAAUGAAGAAGAAAAUAAAGAAGAACAAGUAGCGGAUGAAAAUAGUAUUGAUGAAACCAAGCACAAGAAAAAAAAGAGAAGACAAAGAAAAUUAGAAGGUUGUAAAGCCCAAAUUGUUGAAUCGAAAGAAGAAAAUAUAGAUGAAAUUGAAAGAACAGUGAGGGAAGUGAAUAAAUUACUUGGGGAACCACUUCCAAGUUGUAGCUUCCAAAGUACAGAUAAUUUUCAGUGGAGCCAACAAAAGUCUAAAGAGAAUAUUUUGUUAGUGCAACAUAAGCACUUAAAUUCGUAUUAUGAACUGAAGAGAAUAUUUGGUAGCAAAACAGUACAAGCGGAACAACAAAAUAGGAAACAUAGAGUACGUGUGAGCCAUGCAAGGAAAACCUGGUUGGUUUCUGCUAGACAUAAUUGGCCACCAAUUAAUAAAUUUGGCCUUUCAAUGUCUGUGGAUCGUACUAUAAAAGCAACUAAUAAUGUUCAAUACUUUGUGUUUGAUCACAAUCCAACAUACAGACAAAUACAGCAAAAAUUUUUACAAGCUGUUGAAAGCUCAAAUCAUGAAAAUAUCCUGAGUAUAAUCAAUGUGCAUUCUUAUCACGUAGAUGCAUUAUUACAAUUAGCCGAUCUGUGUAAACAGAAUGACGAUUUAGCAAUGGCUGCACAAUUGACGGAACGAGCUUUGUACUGCUUAGAAUGCGCUUUUCACCCACUGUUUAAUUAUACAACUGCUCUUUGCAGAUUAGAUUACAGGAAACAGCAAAAUCGCUCUUUAUUUAUAACUUUAUUUAAACAUAUUAAUUUUCUUUGUGGACGUGCAUGUUACAGAACAAGCUUGGAGUUUUGUAAAUUACUUCUGUCACUUGAUCCAGAAGGUGAUCCAUUAGCUGUGGUUCUUUGUCUUGAUUUCUAUGCUUUAAGAGCAAAGGAAUACGAAUGGUUUAUAGAAUUUUGCAAUCUUUGGGAUAGUACAAGAAACCUAACACAGUUGCCAAAUAUAGCAUACAGUUUAGCUUUAGCCCAUUUUCGUUUAGGCCACACAAGUAUUGCUAACGAACUUUUACAAAAUGCUUUAAUAAUGUUCCCGGGUGUAUUGAUGCAGUUACUAGAAGAAUGUGGAAUACAAUCUGAUGAAAUGGUACGAUCCUAUGAUUUCUUUAACUCUAAAGCAGCACUUUCAACUGCACCAUCUCUAGAGAAGUUACAAACUUUAUAUGUUGCUCGUAACUUUCUUCUAUGGAAAGAUGUAGAACUUUUACCAUGGUUACGUGAAAAUGUACACGCUGUACUAAGUCGUGUUGAUUCACAAGAUGAUUAUGUAAAGUAUUGUGAGGAAAAACGGAAAAAACGUUACCAAGGGAAAUUACCAAGAAAUAUUUUGCGACAUAUUAUAUUGUCUGAUAUAAAAAAUAUCAGUGUGAACACUCAUGAGGUACAAAUUGAUGGUUUUAUGCUCUCACAUGAUCCUCUACCACCUGUGGAUAGUAUUGAUAUUUACAGACGAUCUGCCACAAGAGCAAGGUCAAACAGAAAUGACCCUGGUUUUUUAUCUCUCUUUCUUUCAUAUAUAUCCAGGGAUAUUGGUAGAGAUGUUGCGGAAGUUCUUGAAAAUACAAAUUUAUCCUAUGAUAAUGAUGAAGAAAUAUAAAAUUGAUUUCAAGUAUUGAUUACUGAUUAUAUCGUGGAAUAACAAGUCAGAGUACAGGAAGUUUGCUUUCCAUUAAAUAACAUAAAAAUGAAGUUAAUAUGUGUAUAAAUAUUUUUCAAACAACAACUAUUUUUAUGAAAAUAACAUACAUUUCAUGGCAGGUAAUAUAUAUAAUAUUUAGUAAUGAA